AUGGUGCUCUGGGGUCUGGUGCUGGGAACCCUGCUGGUGGCCGUGGUGGGGUGCCUGUGGCUGCUGGGGCUGUUCCGGCAGCGCAGACCCCAGGAGCCCCCUCUGGAUAAGGGCUUCAUACCCUGGCUGGGCCAUGCCAUGGCUUUCCGGAAGAAUAUGUUUGAAUUCCUGAAGUAUAUGCGGGCCAAGCAUGGAGAUGUGUUCACAGUGCAGCUAGGGGGCCAGUACUUCACCUUUGUCAUGGACCCGCUCUCCUUUGGCUCCAUCCUCAAGGAUGCACAGAGAAAACUAGACUUUGUGAAAUAUGCAGAAAAACUGGUGUUAAAGGUAUUUGGCUACCGCUCCGUGCAGGGAGACCACCGGAUGAUACACUCUGCCAGCACCAAAUACCUCAUGGGGGAUGGCUUGGAGGAUCUCAACAAAACCAUGCUGGACAGCCUGUCCUUGGUUUUACUGGGGCCCACGGGCCAGAGUCUGGAUGCUGGUUGCUGGCGUGAAGACGGCCUCUUCCACUUCUGCUACAAUGUGUUGUUCAAGGCCGGCUACCUGAGCUUAUUUGGCUGUACGAAGAACCAGGAGCAGGACCUGCUACAGGCAGAGGAGUUAUUUGUCCAGUUCCGCAAGUUUGAUCUCUUGUUCCCCAGGUUUGUUUAUUCCUUGCUGGGGCCCUGGGAGUGGCUAGAAGUGGCCCGGCUCCAGCGGCUCUUCCACAGGAUGCUCUCCGUGAACCACAACCUUGAGAAGAACGGCAUAAGCAACUGGAUCUCCUACAUGCUUCAGUGUCUGAGGGAGCAGGGAAUGGCCCCAGCCAUGCAAGACAAGUUCAACUUCAUGAUGCUCUGGGCCUCUCAGGGGAACACGGGGCCUAAUUCUUUCUGGGCCCUUUUGUUCCUCCUAAAGCACCCGGAAGCCAUGCGUGCUGUGAGGGAGGAGGCCGCCCAAGUCCUAGGGGAGGCCAAGCUGAAGGCUAGGCCAUCCUUUGGCGUUGAGAUCAGCGCCCUGCACCACACGCCAGUGCUGGACAGCGUGAUGGAGGAGACGCUGAGGCUGGGAACCGCACCCACCCUCCUCAGAGUGGUGCACGGUGACCAUAUGCUGAAGAUGGCCAGUGGACAGGAGUACCUGCUCCGCAGUGGAGACAUCGUGGCCCUCUUCCCUUAUCUUUCAGUGCACAUGGAUCCUGACAUCCACCCGGAACCCACUGCCUUCAAAUACGAUCGCUUCCUCAACCCCAACGGUAGUCGCAAAGUGGACUUCUACAAGUCAGGCAAGAAGAUCCACCACUAUACCAUGCCGUGGGGCUCGGGUGUCUCCAUCUGCCCUGGGAGGUUCUUGGCCCUCAGUGAGAUGAAGCUUUUUGUCCUGCUCAUGGUCACAUACUUUGACCUGGAACUGGUGGAUCCUGAUACACCUGUGCCACCUGUGGACCCCCGGCGCUGGGGCUUUGGCACCACACAGCCGAGCCGUGAGGUGCGGUUCCGCUACCGCCUGCGUCCUGCCAAGUGAGCUCCGCCAAGGGGGCCGCAGGCCUGGCCAGGGAGGCUCCCUUAGGGUCUCCGCCUCCUCUCACCCCUCUGAAGCCCCACCCUCGCCUCCGGUUCUGUGAUAUCUCCUACCUGUGUCCUAGUCGCCUUCCUUGCUCUCUGGUUUUCCUCUAGCCACCUGAUGGGCUUAUCUUUCUCUCUUGAAACACUGUCUGUCACCGUGGGUUCCGCAGAACCUUCCUCUCAUAUGAAGUCCAGGGGAAGGGGGGGAAAUCUGGGGGAAACUUAGUUGGGGAAAUGAUGGCAUAGCUUGACGAGUCUUGCCGUACAGAAACCAGUCAUCAUGAGUAACACAGUGUCCUGCAAAUGUUAACCUCCACCCUCCCACCUCACUGUAUUAUCUUCCUCAAUGUUUACUCCACAUCCUGUGGAAUUCAGGUUCGUCCAAAGCAAUACGAGGCAAGCCACAUGUGUAAUUUUUAAUUUCCUAGUUGAUACAUUUUUUUAAAAAGUAAAAAGAAACAGGUGAAGUUAAUGUUUAUAAUAUACUUAGCCCAAUAGAUCAAAAAUAUUAGCAUUUCAAUAUGUCAAUAUAAGAACAUUAGUAAAAUAUGUAUUUUUUAGUAACAUUGGGACAAAAUAUAUA